CUUCAUGUGUUCACCUCUUCGGUCAGUUUGGCGGCAAAUAGUGGCGCAUUGACAGCUUGAUUUUUUAAUUUUUCUUUUUACAUUUCAAAAAGUGUUUUGUUAUAAUGUUUGAGUGACAAAGGAGGAUUUUUGUUUCCAAAAUCAUUAUUUCUUGUGCUAAAAUGGAUGCCAGGAACAUCGUUUUAAUAUCGCUGCUUUCUUUUGGGUCAUGCGCUCUCAUCAUUCCCGAGGAGCUGCCUUCGCUUCUCUCUGUCGCUUACUCCAACAUACCACCUAUCAAGAAAGGCACUGAUUCUCGAAUAGGCUUCGGUUUCGCAUUCGGCAACCAUGCUGACUUCCAAGUUAUGCUCGAACUGGGCCCACAGACCAACACUAUGAACCUUACUGGACAACCAUUCCCUUCGUCAGGAAACUCAAAGAGACAAGCGCCUUCUGCUCCACCGCCGAAAAUCAACAAAAAUAGAGAAAAGUUCCUGCAAUCAGACGCCGGGAAGUACCUCCAACAAUGGGCUGAGAAGAUGAAGAGGCCGCAGAAGGUGGUGCCCACGCGGCCGCCAGCGCCCAAGCCGGGAGAAGUGCCCAAUCUAGAAGACUCUCUCGUGGAACUAGUCAAGAACGACAAGGGAGAGUAUGAGAUACACCAGCCCGCGCCCGAAAAUAUGCCGUCAAAGGUACUAGACACGUUAAAGAAACUCUACGGCCUGAAGAGAGAAGAAACAGUGAAAACGCAGCCCGAGACCGUCACGCAGAAGAGAAGCGAAGAAGAAGUAAGAAGGAUCACCGAAGACCUGUCUAACGUUGAUUUGGACUGAGGCUUUAAUGUUUUUGGAGGAUUUUUGUAGCGAAGAAAACAUAUUUUGAAUUUAUUUUUAUAGCUGCACGGCAAAGCGAUUCCACCUGAAAGUAAGUGGAGUGGGGUCCAGUAGAAUGUCGACCGACGAGAGAUGAUUACUCAUAAACAGUCGACACAAUUAUGCCGGCCUUUUGGAACUGGAUAUACACAGGCUGAUCUCAGAAUAUGACGCACUUGGACACUAUGGCGGGUUUUAACCUUGUGUGCGGUGUUCGCUAUCUGGGCGGAUAUAAAAUAUAUCCCACCACCAGCAUAUAUCUGUCUGUUUGUUUCGACUGAAUAAUAAUUCGAGUUUGAUGAAAUUUUGUACCUAUUUAGAUAAAUAGACGGGCCUAGAGCUAAUAGGAAUUAAAAUCAGUCCUAAUUAAACCUAGUGUUGCAACAAUUUAAAAAGACAAAGGAUAGAUAAAUUUGCUAUACAUUUCCUCCAAAAAUAUGUUUAGGUUGAGGCUUUUAUAAAUAAACAUUUUGUAUAUAUUGUA